AGCACGUCCAUGGCUGGGGGGAUGUGAUCGGUGCUGGGGAAGGUUGCAGCAUGUCUCUGCUUUGCAGUGUCAGCUACCUCCCGUCCUCCCUGUCCUGCUAAGACCUGGGAUUUUCCCUCCCCGCUGCAAGGUCAGCCUUGGCUGGAUGCCUCUUGGCUCCCUGCAGUGCAGAGGAGAGGUGGGCACCUUCCUCCUACCAACCCUUCCCUGCUCAAGCUGCGGGGUCACCCCUUCUUCCUGGGGAGGGGAGAAUCCCCUACACCUGGGCUCACUUUGGGGGGGAUCGGGCGGGGGUCCUGGGAGCACCAGGUUGUAUCCAUGAGAUGGACCCAGGAGAUGUCCCAAUGAGGCCGGAGGGAGCUGGGGCUGCAGCUGGACCCACGCCAGGGCACCAUUGGCACUGCUGCCCUGCUGGCACCUCCAUCCCCCCGGGACUGAGGUAGGAAGAGGCAUGAGAAGAGUGUAGUGGUUAGAGCAGGGAUGUGGGACUUGCUGGGGCACCUGGGUUCUCUCUGAAGUCUUGGGGAGGGAGCCCUGGGGGGGCCUGGGUUUGCACAGGGGGUCAGGACUCGUGCUGUACCCACCCCACAAAGGACUCGCCGUCCCUGCACCCGUUGCAGCCCGCACACCCCUGCUUCCCCGUGACCCGCUGCGCCGGCACAGUGGAUGAUUGUGCCGGGAGCCGAGGGCCGGGCCCCGCACAAUGGGGCGUUGUUUGGCCCUGGCGCACGGCUGUUGUCGUCUCCCUGCCCCUCCAGCUCGGCUUGGCCCAGGGCUGGGGGCUGGGCAGUGCCGGGGUCAGGGCACCUUUGCUUUCGUGCUACCCCUGAACUCGCUGCCCUCUGCUACUGCAUGUGUCCUAAGCCCCGUACAGCUAUUGGGGUUCUUCUGCGGAGGCUCCUCUGCAGCUCACGACGGCAGCAGCUGCGUGUGACAGACGCCUCCAUCGCCUCCUCCGUGACGCACCUGUUCUCCUGGAGAAGCGGCAGGUGCUGGUGCCUUCGCUGCCAUAUUUUUAGGCAGCCAACGCUCCUGCUGUCGUGACUCAGGCUGGGCCCCACUGAGCGGGGGAAGGAGCCCCCCCAGCUCGGAGCUGUUAAAGCCGCUUCCUCCUCGUGGGUGGUUUCACUUUCAGGCCAGGCCAGAGUCUCCUGGGCAGCCACCACAUUGCUCUCUGACUCCUGGGGGGGCGCAGCUGCAUCUCGGAGCCCCCUGCCCCAAAGCCCCCACCUGAGCCCCUGCAGAGCUGUUUCCCCAGGUGGCAGGGAGCUCUCUGGCCCUGGGAACAGUCAGCAUCGGCCUUCACCGCAGCAGACCUUCCCCCUGCAUGUGGUCAGAGGUUUCUGACUUCAUGGUUGAAGUUCUGCUCCAGGUGGGGAUUCCCUGCUCUCCCAGGUGCCGCUUGCAGAGCUAGGCCUGGUCCACACCCGCUGAGGCACCAGGGGCUCUGCUGUGCCCAGGCGAAGGGGUAUAAACAAGGUUACUCAGAAGUCAGUGGCAGAGGGGGAACAGAGCCCAGGUGUCCUGGCGCUCCACAGCCAGGGCCUGAGGUCUUGACUAUCCCCCUGGUGCUUGGCCAUCGUCCCUUGGCAUCCUCUCGGGGGAGGCAGGAAUACAGCCCCACCGCCCACUGGAGACCCUCGUCCUUCCUGAGCAGCAGGGCGUGCUCUGUCUGUGGGCAGAAGCAGCGAGCUGUUAUCUGCGCUCCGGUUCCCACAUCCUGAGCUAAUGCAGGCCCUUCUUUUGUCUUCACAGCCCAUGGCUCAGGAUGGCAGGGCCAGUGGUCUUGCCGGGGGGGGCAUGAGCCUCCCCACAGGUGCUGCGGAGGGGUCCAGCUGCCUGGAGGAUGUCAAGGCGCUAGUGACGGGGGCCGAUGCCAUGGCUGCGUUCAAAGCCGGGAACGUGGAGGAGCUGUAUGAGCUGCUAGAGACUCUGGGCAGCGGGCACUUCGGUGUAGUAAAGCGGUGCCGAGAGCGUGGGACAGGGGCCUUCUAUGCCGCCAAGUUUGUGAAGACGCGGAAGUGCCGGGGCAGCCUCCGGGGGCUGAGCCGUGAGCAGGUGGAGCGUGAGGUCGGCAUCCUGCAGCAGCUCGAGCACCCCAACAUCAUGCGCCUGUACGACCUCUUCGCCAGCAAGGCCGAGAUGGUGCUGGUGCUGGAGCUGAUCUGCGGCGGGGAGCUCUUUGACUUCAUCGCUGCCAAGGAGAUGCUGUCAGAGGCCGAGGCCAUCGAGUUCCUGGAGCAGAUCCUGCGUGGAGUCGCCUACAUGCACUCCCAGCACAUCGCCCACUUUGACCUCAAGCCAGAGAACAUCAUGCUGCUGGAGAAGGAUGUGCCCAACCCCAAGAUCAAGAUCAUCGACUUUGGCCUGGCGCAGAAGCUGGAAGAUGGCGCCACCUUCAAGAGCCUCUGUGGCACCCCACAGUACAUUGCUCCAGAAGUGAUCAACUAUGAACCGCUGAGCUCGGCUACAGAUAUGUGGAGCAUCGGGGUCAUCACCUACAUCCUGCUGAGUGGCAUGUCGCCCUUCCAGGGCGAGACAGAUGCCGAGACCCUAACUAAUGUGGUGGCCGGCAGCUACGAAUUCGAGAACAAGUACUUCAGCCAGACCAGUGAGAUGGCCAAGGACUUCAUCAGCCAGCUGCUGGUCAAGGAGCCAGGGGACCGAAUGACCGCGGCCGAGUGCCUCGUCCACCCCUGGAUCAAACCCCUGAGCCGGAAGCAGGUUGCGAACCGCAGUCGGUCCUCCAUCAACAUGAAGAACUUCCGCAAGUUCAAUGCCCGCAGGAAGUGGAAGCUCUCCUACAACAUGGUGUCCGCCUGCAACCGCCUCUGCCGCAUGAAGCUCCUGUGCAACCAGAGCAAGGCUGACGAGCCCCUGCGCAGCUGCGAGAGUGACCAGGAGGACGAGCCCACCCACCCAGUGACCUUGCUGCGCCGGCGGAGAAGCAGCUGCUCCUGAUGGCCCUGCCCAUGGCUCCGGUGGCUCCUGGGACCCCCCGCCUCCUCGGGGGGCAGCACCAGCCUGGAGGGAGGGUGGGCACCUGUGCUUGCCCCCAAUGGCUGGGAUCCAUUCGGCAGGAAGGGGCAUGGACUUUGAGGCUGAGGGCUUGAUCCAGGCUCCCCUCCAUCCUAGAGCACAGGGGGGUGCUGAGGGCAUCUCCUGCUUCCCCAGGGCAGACGGGGUAUGUGAAGUGGGGGGGGGCAUUUAACUUUUGCAUUGCUGCUCACUAUUCAGAGACACCCCCCCACUGCUGCUGUGCACCCCCCCCCAACCAGGAGCACCUUCCCUUUCCCACCUCUGGGGGUCCCUUGGGAUGUCUGUCAUCCCCUGGCCCCUUUCGAAACAGCACAUGGGGACACGCCACUCCCCCACUCGCUUGCACUGAGUCCCAUUUGCCCCCUUUCUUUCCUCCAGUGCAUGCGGGGUUAAUCCUCCACUAAACACCUGCCCUCCCUUCCUUAGUGGGGUCUACACACUGUGACACUGGGGGGGUGGGGGAAAUACAGCUCCUCCCUCCCCUCCUCCCUGCUAGGCUUGCACUGCACUGCACUGCAUGGCAGCACUCAGAGGUUUAAUAGGCCUCAGGUCAGCUGGGGGGAGCUCCUGGCUGGGAGGGUGCUGAGCCCCACCCUCAUGCAUGUGUCUCCCCUUCCCCACUGGACUAUUUUAUUUUUAAAGGAAUAAACAUGGACCCC